GAACAUGGAGGGCAACCAAACACCCCCCACAUCGCUGUCUCGACACGGGUCAUUCGAUGGGGUGGCGCGUGUGUCAAGAACGGGCUCGGUUGUACAGCGAAUGACUCCCACUGACCAUGAACUGACCGAAAAGAUCAUUGGUAUGUACCCUGUGAUGUGUGAAUAG